AUGCAGGAAAUUCCCAAAUCGCCCGGGUUGGAGCAUCCAGCGCCCAAGCGGGCCAAACGCCCUCGAGCUGCACAAGCUUGCGAACGUUGCCGAUCGAAGAAGUAUAAGUGCGACGAGCAGUAUCCAUGCGCGCACUGUAGUAAGAGUCGCCUUGAAUGUGUCUACCAGGGAAACUACAGGGAGCGCGAAAGCGGCCGGUCUGCAAGCUAUGUCGUCGAUUUGGAAAAGAAGGUGGAGGAGUUGGCCUCAAAGCUGCAUGCAGCUGAGGCGCAGAUGUCAACAUCUCCGCUACCCCCGAAUUUACCGAUCGCGCAACAGGUAGCCCCGCGGCCAAUGGACACAACGCCUUGUUCCAUGCCGCGAACUGGAUCUACUCCCGGUGAAACAACUAAACUACCUCCCAAUCCUAAUCCUCACGAGGAAUCAGGAGAAAGUGCUGAUGACGAGAUCAAUGAAUUGAAUCAUCAUACUAACGGAAUCGAAUUUCAUGGGAGCACUUCCUCGGCAGCUGCUAUCAGCCAUUUACAGAAAGCAAGAGAGCCUAAAGUCCACGAGACGCGGUAUCAUCCAUCUGCAGACUUUUCUUUAAUCUCCACGUUGCAUAACCCAAGCUUUUCUCCAUCAACUACUGGCCCUGGCCAACUAAGUGCCAUCGAACACCAUAAUUACUAUUUCGACCAGGCGCAUGUGUUCAUGAAUGGAUAUUUCGAAAAUAUCCAUUUCAUCCAUCCUUUCAUUGACAAAGACGAUUUUUUGAUCCGUGCCAAUGAUUUGUGGUUUAAUCGAGCAAAUACGCCUGAGCCCAGUUUCGUCGCAUUAUAUUUGAGUGUGCUAUCGUUUGGAGCGUUAGUACGAGUUUGGGAUGAAGAUAAUUUGGCUGGUCUGGGUCGCUUUGAAUGGAGUCGCAAGUUGUUUGGCGAGGCUCAAGCAUACUUGAACUACUUGCGAUUUUCAAAUGACGUUGAAACUGUUCAAUGCCUGUACUUGAUGGCUAAGAUUUGUCAAAAUGAACUCAACCCUAACUUGGCGUACAUGUAUCUUGGUCUUGCAGUCCGUACUUGUUUGUCAGCUGGGUUUAACCGUGAAGUUCGUGGGCCUAACGAUAAACGUUCGGGCUGGAUCUCGAAGACCUGGUGGGGCUUAUUUUCCCUGGAAAUCGAAAUGAGCUUUUCAGUUGGCCGACCGGAUACAUUGGGAAUGGAUGAAUACCACAACCGAGCUAUCCCAGAGCGAGAUGACUCUGAGUAUGCCAUCAUUCCCUGGAUGAUUGACUUUGCCCAGAUCAUUCGACGUGUUUCCGUUCAGAUAUACCACUCUCGUAUCACCCUACAAGAGAAGCUCCAGCUCGCUCUUCAGAUUGAGAUGGAUAUGGACCGUUGGAUCGCCCGACUCCCAGACAAAUUAAGACCUGACGUAGGCAAUCACAAUCCAUCCCGCGGCGCCCUUCGUGAUCCAAAAUGGGCUAGAAGACAAAGACUUGUGCUGAGAAUUCGAUAUUAUAAUGUCAAAAUGCUUUUCGAGCUUGAGGAAGCAAUUAACAAGUGUUUGGAUGCUGCAAUGAAGACAAUCGAAGUGAUUCAUGAUAUUUACCGAAUUCACACAUUCUUCCGAUGUUGGUGGUACAAUACUACAUAUGUCAUGUUCGCUACCUCGACUCUUCUUCUACCAAUGUCAAAGUUGGGAAUGUGCAGUGAGACAAUGCCACAUCUUCGAUCUGUAGAGAUGGGAGUCGAGAUUCUUGAGGCUAUGGAAGAGUCUGUGGUGGCCCGGAAGUCUGUGGAACUCAUUCGACAGUACUUACGAGAGUUCAGAGCAUCUGGAGCUCAACCUGGGUCUGGAUUCGGCGAAGGUAAUGAAGGUGUGGGUGUAUCAACCGAGCCUGGAGCCACUCAGUCUGCGUUUGAGAUACCAGAGUGGGCCUAUGGCUUCGGAUUCCCGGAUUAUUCCUUCGAAGGAAUCGCACGGUUGUUCGACGAUAUUGGCGGAUUACCCAUGUUGGAUGGUGAGUGA